UUUGAUCUUUCUCCUUUGCUUCUUCUUUCAUUUGUUUCCCACUCCAGUUUUUUCUUUUACAGUUGUGGUGGCCAUCUUUACGACAGCACUGGGGUAAUCACAAGUCCCAAUUAUCCUAAUCCAUAUCCACACCGCCGUGAAUGCCAAUGGGUCAUAACUGUGCCAACUGGCAAUUCUAUCCAACUGACUGUUACCAACUUUGAUUUGGAGGGCCAUGAAAAUUGUAUAUUUGAUGUCCUGGAGAUCUAUGCUGGUAGUGAUAGUAGUGGGCCCCGGCUGACCAGUUUGUGCCAUCAUAUACCCGAGCCACAGACAUUGCAUGCAACUGGGACUUCAGCUUUCAUUCGCUUCAGAUCUGACUUUUCUGUCAGUGGAACAGGAUUUAGGCUCACCUACCAGGCA